AUGCGUAGUGCGCCCGCCCCACGGGCGGGAGGGACCAUGGCGGCGCUGGGGGAGGCGCUGAAGGCAGCGGUUGCUGCGCUGCUGCUGCUGGGCUGGGGCGCCCAUGGGCUGUACUUCCACAUCGGCGAGACUGAGAAGCGCUGCUUCAUCGAGGAGAUCCCCGACGAGACCAUGGUCAUCGGCAAUUACCGGACACAGCUGUGGGACAAACAGUCCGAGUCCUUCCUGCCCUCCACGCCGGGGCUGGGCAUGCACGUGGAGGUCAAGGACCCCGACGGAAAGGUGGUGCUGUCACGGCAGUACGGCUCCGAGGGUCGCUUCACCUUCACGUCGCACACGCCGGGCGAGCACCAGAUCUGCCUGCACUCCAACUCCACCCGCAUGGCCCUGUUCGCUGGGGGCAAGCUGCGGGUGCACCUGGACAUCCAGGUGGGCGAGCACACCAACAACUACCCCGAGAUCGCUGCCAAGGACAAGCUGACCGAGCUGCAGCUGCGCGCCCGGCAGCUGCUGGACCAGGUGGAGCAGAUCCAGAAGGAGCAGAACUACCAGAGAUACCGCGAGGAGCGGUUCCGCAUGACGAGCGAGAGCACGAACCAGCGUGUGCUCUGGUGGUCCAUAGCCCAGACCAUCAUCCUCAUCCUCACCGGCAUCUGGCAGAUGAGGCACCUCAAGAGCUUCUUCGAGGCCAAGAAAUUGGUGUAGCCCCCCAUCCCCCCGGGAGGGCUCCCCAAAACUCACCCCUACCUCCUCAUGGGGGAUCCCACCCACCCUGGGGUGCUGGGGAAGGAUCCAGGGGCUCCCCCAGACCCAUCUCACCUGCCCUGGGGUGCUGGGGACGGAUCCUCGCUGCCUGCUGGGACCCCGGGGCCUGGGGGCGGGUUUUUGGGGGGGGUCCUGCCUGCCAUGAGAGGGGCCACCCCCCCGAGGUAUUGGUUUGGGCAAGGGGGGGAAAUAAAGGUGUUUUUUUUGGUUCCA